AUGAGGGUUGAAACUUGUUUUUUCUGCAGUCGUCCGACGUAUCCUUCCAAGGGGAUUACGUUUGUCAGAAAUGAUGCCAAGGCUUUCAGAUUCUGUCGCUCCAAAUGCCAACGGGCCUUCACCAAGAAACGCCAGGCUCGGAAGGUGAAAUGGACUAAGAUCUCCCGUCAACAUGCCGGCAAGGAAAUGACUGUCGACCGCACAUUGCAAUUCUCCGCCCGCCGCAACGUUCCCACCCGCUACAACCGCCAGCUGAUGGCUCAGACCAUCCACGCCAUGGAGCGUGUCAGUGAGAUUCGGGCGCGUCGUGAGCGUGUCUUCUACAAAAAGCGCAUGGCUGGUAAUCGGGCCCGUGAGGCUGCAGAAAACUUCAAGCUGGUAUCUGAGAACGAGCACUUGUUGCCCCGUGAGCUGCGCAGCACCGAGAAUACGGAUGUCAAGGUUGCGGAUGUGGUGCGGCCGCAUAAGGUGUUCAAGAGUGAGACACGCAGACUCCGGACGAAGGUUGAUGGUGGUGUUGAGGAGGAGGCAAUGGAUAUGGAUUGA